AUGAGUGUUACUCUCACUCAUCUACACCUACUUACAAUUAGUGACAAUAACUUACACACACUUGCUUUCAUCUACACUCAAUUAUACACACUUUUGCUCAUUGACACUCACUUAAACUCAAAUACAGUCACUCACAUUCAUUUACUCACUUUUACUCACUUAAACUCAUCUGAACUCAGGGCAAACGCACCAAACGCGCCGAAACCACCGAGUCCGUCACGCUCAGACGGCGCCGGCCGAGCCGUCCAUCUCACGCCGGGCUCGCCUCGACUCUGGCCUCGGUUGACUGCGCUGCUGCGGGAGCGCAGUUGCAGUCGCAACCGAGCCCACAACCGCAGCCGCAGCCGCAGUCGCAGCCGCAGCCGCAGUCCACUCGACUCGGCCUCGACCGGCCUGCUCGGCAAAGCCGCCAUCUCGCCGGACUCGACGCAGCCAUGCGCGACUCCGUCCUCGUCCGCGAGUCACGCUUCGCUUCGCCGCCUCAGUUGGGAGUCGGCCUGCCACAUGCUGCGCACUCGGACUCGGACGCGGACGCGGACUCGAACUCGAAGUCGCGCAGUCGCCUCCGCCGCCUCGUCGUGGAGUCUACUCGCCCGACCGCCCUCGGAACCGGCGGAACCGGCGGAACCGACGGAACCGGAGCACCGACACGCUCGUCUCCUCGGCGGUCUCAAGACCAGCGCCCAACAGACCGUCCUCUCGCUGCAGCGUCGCAUGCGUUGCCAACUCGUCAGCGUCAGACAAGCCGGCGACACUUCGCUCGGCUCGCUCGACUGGUCGAGUCCGCCGCCGAUCUCGCCGACCUCUCCGCACGCGGCACGAGAGGUCGAGCUGACGCGAGUCUGUCGGAAAGAGCCGUUCGGCAUUUUCGUGACGAAAUGUACAGAGGGUAAGAGACAAUUGCCGACUUGCCCUACACUCGCACACAAUCGCUGA